AUGGUAAAUGUGAAGUUCAACACAGCAAAAUACCAAACCAAACUACACCAAGAUACAAGCCUUGAAAGGGACAAAACCAUCAACCGCCUGACAUAUCACCGCCUUUAUUCAGGAGAUGCCAUACCCUGCAACUACGGACUUCCCAAGAUCCACAAGGAAGGGAUCCCUCUCAGACCCAUUGUCAGUAGCAUAAAUUCAGUCACCUACAACAUCGCGAAACACCUUGCUACUAUCCUUGCACCUCUGGUGGGGAACACCCCACACCACAUCAAGAACUCCACCGACUUCACUGACAAGGUCCAGAAACUUACCCUGGAUCCAGAUGAAACCAUGGUGUCCUUUGACGUAGUCUCUCUCUUCGCUUGCAUACCCACUACGGAGGCAGUGGAGACUGUCAGAAAACGACUACAAGAAGACAGCACCUUGGGGGACAGGACCAACUUCACACCAGAUCAGAUUUUUACACUGUUAGACCUCUGCCUCACCACUACAUAUUUCAAAUACAACAAAGGUUUCUACAGACAAAAACAUGGCUGCGCCAUGGGCUCCCCCGUGUCACCUAUUGUAGCUAACCUUUACAUGGAGGAAGUGGAAAGAAAGGCUCUUGGCUCUUUUAAAGGGAGAGCACCCAGCCACUGGUACAGAUAUGUGGAUGACACCUGGGUCAAAAUCAAAACACAAGAAGUGGAAUCCUUCACUACGCACAUCAACGCCGUGGACAAAAACAUCAAGUUCACCAGGGAAAACAUAAAGGACAACUGCUUGCCUUUCCUGGACUGCGCUGUGCACCUUGAAGAAAAUGGCAACCUCAACAUUGAAGUGUACCGGAAGCCCACACACACGGACCAGUACCUCCUCUUCGACUCACAUCACCCUCUGGAACACAAACUUGGAGUAAUCAAGACCCUUCACCACCGGGCAGAACAUGUUCCCUCUAAGCCGGAAGGGAAAAAGAAGGAACACACACAUAUAAAGGAAUCACUUAAAACAAGUGGCUAUCCUAAUUGGGCGUUUAAGAAGUCAGCAAAAAUGCACAGAAAAGAAGACCAGACACCAGCGAGGGAGGAUAAGAAAGACAGACGCAACAACCUUGUCAUCCCCUAUGUAGCCGGUGUAUCAGAGAAACUCAGGAGGGUUUCCUCCAAACACAACAUACCAGUGUACUUCAGAUCCAGCAACACACUCAGACAGAAACUGGUUGACCCGAAAGACAAAACUCCUAAACACCAACUGAACAAUGUGGUGUAUGCUGUACAGUGCAGCGAGGAAUGCCCGGACCUCUACAUCGGAGAAACCAAACAGCCACUUCACAAGCGCAUGGCACAACAUAGAAGAGCCACCUCCAUGGGACAGGACUCAGCAGUUCAUUUGAAUCUAAAGGACAAAGGUCACUCUUUCGAGGAUGCCAACGUUCACAUUUUGGACAGAGAGGACAGAUGGUUUGAAAGAGGAGUAAAGGAAGUCAUUUAUGUCCACUGUGAGCAACCA